AAUCUCCUCAAUAUUAAUAUGAAGUCCUUUAUUAUAAUAUCGGUAUUUCAGAUAUUUUUCUCUAAUGUCCUUAAUGUUUUGGCUCAAAGUAAACCAUCAAAAGUCCGAUUAGAUAAUCCGGACAAUAUAGAUCAAUUUUAUACUGUAGUAUAUUUUUCGAUUACAAUGUCUAUAUUGGGAUGGUGUGGAUGUAUUUAUGUAUUUUAUAGAACUUAUGAGCAAUGGAGAUUGAACGAUAAAAAAUUGAAAAUGAUUCAUAGGCUUCCAUUUUACACCGCAUGUAGUGAUUUCUUGAUCGAUACAAAUUUUUUUGUAAAUGUUAUUCAUACAGCAAUUUACGCUGAAGUUUGGGGUCAACCGAUGUGUAACAUAAUCUGUAUUCUUCAUUGGCUAUUUUUAUUAAUUAAUUUAUCAUUAUACGGUGUUAUAGCAGUAACGACAUAUUUACGUAUUUGUCACGAAAAAUAUUUUUAUCGUGGAAAAUAUGAUUAUAAAAUUUGGGUAAUAAUAAUUACCGCAGCUAUAAUAUUUCAAUUAAUUAAUAUUAAUAAUCAUGGUCCACGUAAAUAUUGGUGUAACGGAAGAUCAGGGCAAAGAGUAUCUUUUACAUUAUUAUUCGUAAUAAUAACAUCAAUUUUGAUAAUUAUAUGUUAUUGUUAUUUUAUGACUUUAUAUACAAUUAAAUUACAAAAUUCUAAUUCUAUAAAUAAUAUAAUUAAUAAUAAUCAUAAUUUUGAUAGUAAAAAUGAAGAAAUUAAAAUUAUGAAUAGAUUAAGAAUUUCUGAAAUUGAAAAAAAAGCUGCUUGGAAAAUUAUUAGUUAUAUAUUAUUAUUUAUUCUUCAAUGGCUUCCUGUACAAAUUAAUAUUGCUACUAGAUGGACUACGAUUCGUGAAACUUGGACUUAUAUUUUAGGUGCUCUUGUAACAUUUGGUGGUAUUGGUAACGCUAUAAUUUAUAUUUGUAAUGAAGGUUGGUAUUCUCGUAAAUAUGAAAUUGAAGCUGAAACAACAAAUUUACAAGUUACCAAUAAUUUUAAUAUUAAUAUUGAAGAUGGUAAAUGAUUCGUUUUAAGUUAUAUGAAUAUAAUAUGAAAUUAAGAAAUUAUGUAUUAUUUUAUAUGGUUAAAAUUUUUAAGAUUAGUAAG